GCGGCGCCAUGGUGAGGGCGGGCGGCCUGCUCCUCAUGUCGUCCCCUGUCGCGCCAUGUCGCCACCUGUCGCCGACUGCGGAGGGCCCCGAGCAGCCUCAGCUGCCGCGGAAUGUCCCCGGUCCAAAAAAGAAUAAAAAGAAAAAGUCCAGUGGCAAAGAAAAAGUUAAAGCUGAAAAACUGAGAUUACAGAAAGAAGAGGAAGAAAGGAGGCUGAAAGAGGAAGAGGAAGCCCGAUUGCAAGCUGAACAAGAAGAAGCAGCAAGACUUGAAAAGGAGAGGAUUGAACGAGAGCUGAUGGAAAAGCUUGAGGCAAAAGAUCAAGAGCGAAGGGAGUAUGAACUAGCAGAACUUCAUUCACUAGAAGAGAAGUUUGUGUCUGCACAAUUGUGGAAAACAAAAUACAGAGCAUAUGCAAAGUGGGAGCAUUAUAUUGCUUGUGAUGGAAGUCCUGACCCAACUAUACCACAGGAAAUAAAUACUUUCAUGAGCUUAUGGCGUGAAGAUCAAAAUAAGGACAUUCAACUUGUUGUGGAGAAGGGACAACAGGUACUAAAUUUAAUUGAGAAGUUGCAGUUUUUUCUAUUGGACACACCACCAAGUGAGAUAACAGAAAAAGAAAUAGUCCAGUACCAGGAAACUAUUUUGGAAUUGCAGAAUCUACUUCAUCAGAAGUACAAUGAAGCAACAGAACACCUACUUAAAACAGCUAGUAUGUAUGAAGAUUCUGACACUGGAAAUAUGCAGGCUGUCAUAAAGGACAAAAAUGUUACUUUCUGUAUUUGGGCCAAUCUGAAGAAGAAAGUAAGGUUCAAGAAUCAUGUGUUUUGUGAUACACAUCAUGGAUUUGAUCUUCCAAAGUCCCUGGCUGUGAGCAAUGUUGCUGUUCGCAUAUUGCACACUCAUUAUGACCAUGUAUCUCCACUUUGGCUGCAGUGCCAGAGUGUGCCAAAAUUGGAAGUCCUAGAAAGCAAAAAGUCAACUCAGCAUUCAAAAGACAAUGUAGAAGAACUAGAAGAAGAAAAGAAAGCUGCAGAAGAGCCCAACAUGCCCACUGAAGAAGAAACACAUUCUGAUGAGAGAAAGAGUGCUGUCUCGUUCAAAGAAAAAUACAAUAGUGUAACUGACAUAAAUGAGAAGACAGAGGAGGAAACUGAGAAGAAAUCAGAAAUCUUGGACAUAUCACAAGUUCUGAGUCCACUGAUGCAGGAAAAGACCAAUGAAAAAGAAGAUGAGAUAACUGAUGAAAAUAUUAUUGAUUUGCAACAGUUUGUACCAGUGGGUGGUGUGUACCAUAUCGAUGCACUGCAGCUUCCACCUCAGGUCAAACAAGUCAAGAACUGGAAUAUAGUGGAGUUACUUGACGUUGGCUUGGAGGCAUACAGAUAUCCCCCAGAAGAGGCUGACGAUGCCCGAUACCCACCAAUACAGAUCACGCUUAGGCUGUCUGACAAUGUGAUCUAUUGCAAGGAACCUGUGAUAGCCCGAUGGGAUCCUGCAGGCCAACAGUGGAGAACUGAUGGCAUCAGCAACAUAACAUACGAAACACAGAAGAGUAUCACUUUUGAGAUGGGUGUUUUUUAUACAAUAGCACUUCUCCAGAAUGUUCAUCUCAACAUGCCAUAUCAGGCAUGGGAAUUGAGACCUAUGGGUAUAAAUGAAGCACUACUUACAGUUACUACAGUCUUUGCAGAAGUUCAGAUACAAAUUAAGGAUAAGCAGUGUAUGGUGGCUGCAGUCACAGUGGAAGAGAAGGAUGUGCUUUCUCACCUGACAGGAAAAUGGAUGUGUCCCGUCACCUUAAGAAAAGUUUUGAAAGAGGCUGGUGUGAAUAUUUUCCCAGGAGAAUAUUCAUACAAAUACGUCUCUGUGAACAAGAAGGCUCCCCUAACAGAAGUGAGGGCAUACCAACAGAUGGCCCUGGUUGCAUCCGCUUUUGCUUUUGGCUGGAGCAAAUGGAAUCUAGAAUCGGGUCAAGAUCAAGUAGUGUUCAAGGUAAGUGAGCAUCUUAAAGCAGAUUUUGUCAAAGACUGGUCUCUGUACAUGUUUAAUGGUCAGAGAGCACUGAAACUCAAGAUCACAGAAACCAGUGAAGCAUUUUCAAAAGAGCUAGAAGAAGAUUCCGAAUUUCACUCCACACUCUACCAUAUGCUUAAAGACUUUGCCAGCAAAGAAGCAAUUGAUAGAGUGAGUACAGCUAACUUCCUGUUUAUUGAUGUUGUAUAUCAGCUGCUCCUUGCUACAAGAGUUUUAACGUACUCUUAA